AUGAAUUCUCGGUGUCAAAUUGACCUAAUAGAUAUGCAAGCACAAUCGGAUGGUGAGUAUAAGUUUAUAUUGGUUUACCAGGACCACCUCACAAAAUACGUACUACUUCGACCGUUAAAACACAAACGUGCUGAAAACGUAGCGUAUGUAUUUUUAGAUAUUUUCACAACAUUCGGAGCACCGUCAAUUUUACAAUCGGAUAAUGGUCGAGAAUUUGCAAAUAAAGUUGUAACUGAAAUAUGUAGGAUGUGGCCAGAACUUAAAAUAAUUCAUGGUAAACCUCGUCACUCACAGAGCCAGGGUUCAGUUGAACGAGCUAACCAGGACAUUGAAAAUGUGCUUGCUACUUGGUUGACAGAUAACCGUACUAAAAAAUGGAGUGAGGGGUUAAAAUUUAUCCAGUUUAUGAAAAACCGUUCAUUACACUCAGGAAUAAAAUGUUCAACUUACGAAGCUAUGUUCGGUACAAAAGCAAAAAUUGGAUUAAAGAGUACACUUCUGCCAAUAAAUAUAAUAAGCGAUUUAAGAACCGAAGAAGACCUCGAAACAGCUCUGAAUUCUAUUUCCACUACUUCAAACAGUAACAACAAUAUCGAAAAUACCGAAGGUAUAAAAUAAAAUAAUAGUAAUAAUAAUAUUUCUUGUUGAGUAGGUAAUAUUAUUAAAAUUACUCUAUGUGUUUGUUUUAUUUUAGCUGUACCUUUAAGAAUAAAAUCAAACAGUAACAACGAUAUCGAAAAUACCGAAUGUAUAAAAUAAAAUAAUAGUAAUAAUAAUAUUUCUUGUUGAGUAGGUAAUAUUAUUAAAAUUACUCUAUGUGUUUGUUUUAUUUUAGCUGUACCUUUAAGAAUAAAAUCUAUUUGUGAGAGUAGAAAUGAAUCACUUAAAAAUUUAAAAGUUCAAGCGACAAAAAUGAAGCAAGCUUCCGAAAAUCGUUUCCGUCCCGGCGAAGUUGGUCAGUCAGUAACGGUUAAGAUUCCAGACGUCGAUAGGGCCCGUAGUGAUUUUAGAAAUAUUAUUGGAGUUAUUCUUUCGAGUACCUAUAAAUACUAUACUUUUAUUAUUAAUAUUCCAGAUAAACUAAUAAAAUUUGUUUUACAGUUAACAAUGACAUGUACGAAAUCGGGACUAAGGAAGGUCGCCUUUCA